ACCCAGCUAGCUUUCUCAUUCCAACCCCACAGCCAUUAUUUAACUUCCACACACCUUCACCUACUCUAACCCAAGUUCAACACUUCCAUCCAGCUUGCUACAUCGAACAAAAAAUGGCAUUCAGUACCAAUCUCCUUGCCGCCGUCUUCACCGCCAUGUUAUUCAUGCUGACAUUCCACAGCUGCGGCGUGUCGGCACAGGCGCCCGGGCCAGCUCCGGAGGCGUCGGUUGAUUGCUCCACGCAGCUGCUGACGUUGUCGGACUGCCUGACGUACGUGGAGGAAGGUAGCAACUUGACGAAGCCGGACAAGGCUUGCUGCCCUGAGCUGGCGGCGCUGGUGAAAAGCACCCCCCAAUGCUUGUGCUACUUGCUUCAGAAGAACAGUACCAGCAGCUACGGCAUUCAAAUCGACAUGAACAAAGCUCUUGAUCUCCCUUCUGUUUGCAAAGUUGAGACUCCUCCUACCAGCGCCUGUGCACUUCUUGGAAUACCAGUGGCUUCUGAAGGGCCUACUGCUAACUCACCUGCUGGUUCGGAGCUAGCACCUCAAGGACCUUCUGCUUCCCCGGGAAACCAAACAGACCAUGGAACUUCAACUACUGCUAAAUCCCUUAUGGCACUCUUUAUUGGCUUAGCUAUAGCAUCUCUUCCUACAUUUUUCUGAUUUUUACGUUUGGUAUUGUUGGUUUAAUUUCACAUUUUGUUUAAAUUGCCCAUUUAAUCCAUUGGUGUUACCAGAGAUAUAAUUAUUAUGUAUUUGACUUGUUUUAUCAAGAUCAAUAAAUGUCAAUUUUGCAAGUUUUGUUCUUA